UCACGGCAGAUCGGCUCUGCUGUCAAGGCCGAGUGUACAUGUGUUUUCUUCAUCAUCAACGUUGUUUCGUAAUAUCUUUAAUCUUUGUUUAAUAUGACUGAUCCAUCAACAUUCCUGGGUUUUCUAUAAGAAGACUCUAUAAUGCACUCCUAACUUACAUUAUAACUGUCGUGGUGAAUUGCUCUCUGCCUUUGAUGCGUGAGAUACCUUUUUAUUCAUAAUACCCUAUGUAAUAUAUAAAACCCUGUCCGUACUUCUCCACAGCAGUACUGCUAUAUCCUAGAGUACCCUGACCAUUCUACUACAGUCACAUGCCAAUAGGCACUUUGGUACGGCCCACGUCUAUGUCACCUGAUAUUCUGAAUGCAACGGGUUCGUGUACAUUCUCAUGUUUCAUGAUCGGCCUGUCUCGUAUAGUUAAAUUGUACAGGGUUUUGAUCAUGUAAAUCUUCCCUGUUUGUAUAUAGACUACAGGUAGAAGGCCGACACCUGUUGGUCGGUGUACUAUAUACUAUAUACCAUCUGAUCACAGUCAAGGUGGAUCUUCUUAUUCACGGAUUUAAUGCAAAGUGGUUAACGAUAUCUUUACAAACACCUCAGCAUCUGUUGACAAAUAUUGGAUUAUAUGCUUGUGUUAACAGAGAUCAGUGCCAUCGUUUGGGCUGAGUGGACGUAAAAUGACUGCUCAGUUUGAUUACAUGCUUUGAGGUGCCCACAAUACUGACCAUGUGUCGUCAGAUAGUUGUUCUGACCAUCUUGGUGUUAGCAGGCGUUCGUUUCGGACAUGGUCAAGAAACAACGUUGAAGCCACGGAUAUACUAUUUACAUAUCCGGUCUGAUGUUAAGUUCCGGUUCUCUACUACCUUGAUCACUAGCAAGGUCAUAAACCCCAGCACGGUUGCCCAGGAAACAACAUUCCACGUCACACUUCCGGAUGAGGCAUUCAUCACAAACUUCCAAAUGAAGAUCGAUGGACGACUUUAUCCAGGCCAGAUAGAUGAAAAGACCAGCGCUGAUACAAAAUACCAAAGGUCAAAGAGUAAAGGUCAAAGUGCAGGCCAAGUUCGACAUAGGCCACGAGAAACAAAUAAGUUUCAAGUUGAUGUCAAUAUUGCGGGACUAAACAGCGUGACCUUUAAUCUGACCUAUCAGAACCUCUUACGCCGUAACCAUGGAACCUACGAGCACGUGAUAUACAUUGAUCCCGGUCAGGUGGUAGAUGACCUCAGAAUAGAUGUAGCCAUACAGGAAUCACGUGCCAUAACUUAUAUCAAAGUGCCGCCUCUGAGAAAUGACACCAUUGAGGAUUUUACCGAAGGAGCUAGGAACGAGCUGGUGUCGAUCGACCGACCGACACGAGAAACUGCCCGGAUACACUACUACCCCAGUGCUGUUGACCAGCGACGUGCGUCAGCUCGAGGGCUAUCUGGUCUCUUCAGUGUGGAGUACGACAUCGAUAGGAACUUUGAUGCUGGCGAUGUUUUGGUUGUGAACGGUUUCUUCGUCCAUUACUUUGCACCCACUGGUAUGGACCCUAUCCCAAAGGACAUCCUGUUUGUUUUGGAUACCAGUUCUUCCAUGUUCGGAACAAAAAUUGCACAGCUUCGUGACGCCAUGCAUAUCAUUCUCAAUGAUCUUCACGAAGCUGAUAGAUUCAACAUCAUCAAAUUUAGCACGACAACUACUUUCUGGAGACCGGGGAAGGUUAUAUCAGCAACCCGCCAGAACAUCGCUGAGGCGGAGGGAUAUGUGACAACAAUGACAUCUGCUGGCUGGACAAAUAUUAACGAAGCAAUGACGUAUGGGAUAGAUUUCCUAAAUAGCAUCGGUGACGACACAGGCCGUGUAAAGCUGAUGGUUUUCCUAACGGACGGAUCACCGACCAAGGGUGAAGAGAAUACCGACAUUAUACUUGAAAACGUCAAAACAAGAAAUAUCAGACACAUCGCUAUCUUCACUCUUGCGUUCGGAGAGGACGCAGACUAUGAGUUCGUGAAGAAAGUUGCACUUCAGAACGACGGAGUGGCGAGAAAAAUUUACGAGGAAUCUGAUGCGGUACUUCAGAUCAGUGGAUUUUAUGCAGAAAUUUCUCGGGCGGCUUUGAAAAAUGUAACAUUUAGAUACUUAAAUAGUUCGACAAACCUACAGAACGUAACAAAGAAUUCUUUUAAUUCUUUCUUUUCUGAUUCUGAAUUAGUUGUAGCUGGUCGUAUAAAAAACACUGAUAUGAAAAGAUUGAGUCUUUCGGUGGAAGGCAAUGGUGUACAAGGGGACAUAUCACUAGCUCUUUCUGCCAGCAUACUCGAUCAUUCCACUCCCGAACUGUUUCCAAGUCUGACAAGGCCAGAGGAUUUCGAGAAGAUUACAGAGAGGAUCUGGGCAUACGUCACAAUCAAACAGUUGUUGGACGAGGCUGUUGGUGAACUCAACUCCACCGCCGUACAGAGGGAAAAUGUCAGACAAAAGAUCAUAGCUAUGUCAAUGAAGUACCACUUUGUGACCCCCCUGACGUCACUGGUGGUCAUAAAGCCGGAUCAAAGAGAAGUCGGCAAUUUGCAGGAAGGCGAGGAUGCUGAACUUGUACUGAAACAAGUUGCACGUGACAUGCCAUCCCCUACACCUGAUCCAUUUCCUGGAUAUGCUUGGAGAGGGCGGCGGCCAGGAGCACUACUUACCGGAGAAGGGAAGAGUACGGCAGGGGGAGGUGGAGGUGAUCCCCAUUUCAUGAUUCGCGUACAGGGAUUGUCUCAUCCAGUGUGUUUUGAUAUGAUAGCAGAGCCUGGGAAUAUCCUACGACUACUAAAGGAUCCGAAUAAAGGUUUCAUCGUAAAUACCUUAAUAAUACCCGGGAUGAAAACGAGGAAAGACGGAAGGAUGCGUACCUACUUUGGCAGAGUGGCUAUGCUGCUGCACAACAUUACCAUAACGAUCGACCCCGCCAAUAUAAAUGUAGGCAAACAUUCUUUGUCCUGGGAUAACGAACGGCCGUUUUACACACAUAACCUUCAUCUACACAUCUCAACAGACGAUACUGAUACGCGUGUGUUGCACGUGGAUGUGCGGGACAGCAUCACAAUAAGUAUUAAAAGACACUUAGCUGUGGACUCUACCCAAGUUAACUAUCUGAAUGUGUAUCUUGAUAAGGAGGAAGGAUUAUCUCGUCAAGCUGAAGGAGUACUUGGACAAUUACAUCACAAAAAGAUAAAAAUAAAGGACAUCAUUUUAAAUAAAAGAGGAGAAAAAAUAGGAAAAUUAAUAGUACAGGAGGGUAGAUCCCGGUCCAAAGUACGAACCAGGCUGAAAGAACGGCAUGACGUCAUUGAUAAACAUGUGGAAAAGUGUUGGACAGCUCAUACUAAAAUCCAGGGCCUUUUAACUGGAACAUAUUUCUGCAAUAGACUGUACGAUCCUUGAUAUUAACUGUGAUAUUAUAUACUGACUCGAAUGGUGCUAAGGUAUUGGAACAGAACAUACAAGGGUUUUAAACACGUUGUAGCUGACUGUGAAAAUGUAACAUACAAAUGUCGUUGUCAUGGUACCGAUUGUUUUAUCAUUUUGCAGACAUCGUUUGUUUUGUUCAUCCUAGAUUACUCCCAGACUGAGUAAUUAAACGAAGUGAUGUUUCGAAUCAAAGUAUCAUACGAGGACAAAUUUAACUGGAGCAAUGUCCAUACAUUAUCUUCGAACAUGUGCUUAGUGAUUUUGAUUAUGGAAAUGUUAAAAGAAAACGCUAUCGCUUCUACAGUUUAUGAGGCGAAGCGAGGUCGUGGUUUUAUCUUUAUACUUAUACAUAUGUACUAACGUGAAGAGUUAAAACUCCAUGCGUAUACAUUGUGAAAUCCUACAUUAGCUUUAGUUACAGGUUGAAUUGUUUAAAACAUAGUGUUUUGAUAAUGCAUUACAAAAUUGUACAUUCAUAUUUAUGUUAUCAGAACAUUUAUUCUUAGCACUAUGUAACUUUAUGUAUUGUUGUCUUGCCACGUGUUAUAUAGACGUACGUGUAUAGGGCAAGUCUAGUUUUAAGCAAUUAAGAUCACAGUUAUGCCAGUAUCAAACGCAAAGACGAUUUAUUAAUGUGGUAUUCAAUUAUACUCAUAGCAAAAGCUUAUAUAGAUAAAUAAUGUAUACUACCUAUUAAACUGACAUGAUAGCAUUUCCCUGUUAUCAUAACCUUAAGGGUAAUUAGACUACAGUCAUUUUGACUUGCUGUCGAAAGCUAGACGUAAUUUUGCAAAUUGUUAAAAAUGUUGAGAUUAUAAACAGAAGUGAUAUGUUAUAUUGUUUAAAACUUUGUUUAUUUUUGUCAUUGUAAAUAUUUUAAUAAAUGCAAUUUCAU